GAACUUGGCCCUUGCUGCAUCACAGUGCAUCCUGUCACCGGCGCGUGAACAUCUUGCAGGUUCAUUUUAGUCUUAUAAUAGCUUAUUGUGAAACACAGCCAGUCGCACGGUGCAGAAAGUCAUUGUAGCAUUGGAAGAUGUUGCGAUUGCUGUUUCUGUGUCUGAUUGUGACUCUGCGAGGAGCUGCUGCUUCCUCAGAGGAGAGUGAAGGCUCAGCAGACGUAGCAGAUGGAGACGAUGAAGAUCUAUUCAAGCAAAACGUGAUCCCAAAUCUCGGACAAUAUUCCACGCUUGAACCUGAAACUGAUGAUACUGUGGACAUUAACAAGGCAACGGGAGAAAAAGUAGCGGAAGAUGGAUUUACUACCAUUGUCAUCAUCGUAGCCGUGAGUGUGGUGGCACUAUCAAUCGCAGUGAUAGUAGCCAUAGUGCUGGUCCGGCGCCGCAUGCACAACCGACCACAAGGGAUCUACUCAGUUCCCACAGAACAGGGAAUGAAAGGAACGGUCUAACCACAGGAUGAGCUCCAGUCCCAUUGGACACCUGCAGGGGAGGACCAAUGAACUGAGCUCUACAAAAUACUGCCCUUUGAACCAGGAAGGGUACACUUUCCACCCCAGCCUGCUCUUACUGAACCACCCCCUACUGCUCUCCUCUCUGGGACCAUCUGUUACUGUGUCAUGGGUCCCCUCCAAAGGAAACUUAGUUUCCUUUAUUUGGUCUCUUGUUUGUUUCUGUCCCACAUAUCCCAAAGUCUGUGUGUAUAUUUAAAAGGGCAUUCUGUCCAAUGGCAUAUUUUACAAGAAAAACAAAUGUCCCGCUAGAAGUCAUUUGCAAUUGCAAUUGUUUCUCCGCUCCUUCGCUAAACUAAACUGUAUUCAGAGUUGAUUUGGUGCAUUCAGAACAGGCUUUUUUGAAUGAGAAAAGCGAGUUUAAUCCACCUUAAACCAGCCCAGUCCUCACUACAUUUCCACGUUCAGCUCUGUGACAUAUCCUGUCCUUGGCCUAUUAGUGACAACAGCCAGUACAGUUGAAAGAUAAAGCUUGUUCUCCCGUCUUCUCAACCUAUGAAGGGAAAAAAGGAAAAGAAAUGGGUGGAAAAAGCCAGAGGUCUGAGAGGGAAUGAAUCAACCUUUGUGAAUGAUGAUGUUUUCUUUUCAACACCCCCCUUUUUCUUUUUGAAAUGCUUCCUUUCAAAACGCCAACCACAUCACUGAUUGUAAAUAGCUCUUGGAUGGCUGAGGUAUGUCUGAUUUUAAUGGUUUAUGGUGCUGGGACGGGGGUACGGUGGGGAGAAAUUGAGAGGAUAAAAUAAAGUGCAGGGGUAGGGAGGUUGGGGGGUGAGUGGGGAAAUACCCACAAUGCCCAUGUUUCAUUCAUACUGAGUUUAAGGCCACUACACCAUCGCUCCCUGGCUCUCUUUUCAUUUAAAUGGAAAUCAAUCGUGCCCCGUGAUCAAAAGCUUUAGGGCCGAGGUGCUGGCUGGCUUAUUUCUUACUCUGCAUUACAGAGAAAGGAUGUUUUUUGGCAGGGGUCAGAGGAGAGGGGGAGGUGGACAUGAUGUGCUUUGGCAUGACAGGGCUAUUCAUUUGUUGCGUUAUCAUGAGGGAACAAGGGUUGUUGUGAGUGUGUGCGAAUUACACCCAAGAUCAAGUAGUGUUGAAAUCACUGGGUCUGUCAAAACAGCGUGCCCACUGUCUUUCACCACUCAACCUUACCGCUGUGAUGUCAUCAGCUGAGGAUGGGCUUGGCUGGGUUCCAGGCUGUACAGAAACACCUGUGUGUUUUUAGUCCCUCCAUCUCAUUUUGUGUUCUCUGGUUCACUCAAUCAGAAUUGUCCCAAUCUGUUUAAGUUGACGAAAUUCAAUUAGUAAACAGAUUCUAAACGCAUAAAGUGUGGUAUGCUUGUGUCUGCACUCUGCAGGUGUUUGUGUAUGUGGAGUUUGAUUGAAGCAUCACAACUAGCCCAGUAAGCCUGAGAUGUAGUCUAGCUCCGACAGCAUUUCAAAAGGAGUAUAAUUGAACAUACGGUAAAAGAACAAAACAACUUUCACUUUCUGUUUGUUUACUGACCACAGUCACAUUCAAGAAAGCCUUUUUCCCGUACUCAGAAAUACCCUUAGAAAUUCCCUUCACCUACAAAGUAGACGUUGUGGUUACGAGUCAGCGACUAGUCUCAUUAUAGAUGAGGUUUGCAUAGAACAGUUUUUCUUGUUUGUGAAAAAAGUACAUCUAAGAACCAUUCAAGCAAGCAUGUUGAAUAAGCCAUGAACUAAACAAAGUGCAAAAAUUCUAAAAGAAUUGGUUUGACCUGUGUAAUGCCCUGUUCAUUCAGCUACACUCGCACCUCUCCAUGGCAUUAUGAUCCUUCAAAGCCACUUCGUUUAUUGCAUUGCUAUUGUGAAUGCAUCAAAACUGAUUGUCCUCUAUUUAUUUUUUCCAGGGCUUACGCUGAAAAGGGUAUGAAAUGUUCAAAUAUUGAAGAAAAAAAAAAUGUAUUUUCAAAAGAGCUCCAUGGGCUUUUUCAGCUGUGCAAAAGUUUCUCAAGGCCCAUUUUUCAUCUAAUCUUUAAAAAAAGAAAAUUGUCAAGAGAAAGCGUUACUGAGUUCACCCAAUCCCUGACACUGUCAGACAUGGCUCUCCAAGAGCCCUUACCUAUUACACAAAAGUCCUUACACCACCCCCUCUCCAAAAAAACUGAAUCUGGUUAGGGUUUAUAUUUGUCAAUUUUACACGAAUGUUUCAGGAUUGUGCAUUCUGUCUUUUGAUGAAAAUAGGAAAAUGUAUCAACCAGCAGAUUCUGUUUGAUGAACUUGGAUGAUGCGUCCUCUGCAUAGCAAUACGUAAUGCAAAUGUGUACAACAACAAAAAUAUUUUAGCUUUGUGUAUUAUUAUAUUGUGUUUUUAUGAGAUGUCCUAUUGUAAAGUCAAUAUUCCAAUUAUAAUUUAGUCUUAAUUUUUAAGCACACGUCUUCAUCAGUACUCAUAAUCAAUGCUGAUAAACCCUGUACAUUCUGUCUGCUCAGGAUCAUUAACUGUUUGUAGUGUACAGCAGCGAAGUGUUUCUACAAUACUCUAUGUCUCAUCCAUUCCUAUGUCUAUGAAUCUGAGUGUGUUUUAGAAUAACUAGACCUGCACUAAAAGUGUAAUCUUGCUGUUCUACUUGUACUGUAGGUUUCCACAGCCCACAAAUUCUCCAAUCAUUCAAUUUGGACUAGCAUUACUCAUGUUCUGUAUAUGGCUCUUCUAUAUUAUGGAUUAUGACAAUUUUUUACAUUAAAUGUGUUCUGCUAUG